AUGCCUGUCCAAAUAUCAGGAUUGGAGAUUAUGGACGAAGAUCGGUUAAUUGAAGAAGUCUUGGAUAAGUUUGUUAAUUGUCAUGAGCAAACAUACGAAGAAUUUCUGAGCACUUUUAUUCAUCUUUCAAAAGAGAGUAAUGAGGCCAAAAAGGGAGCAUCUGGGACUGAUUGUUCAGAAAACAUGUUUACUUCAGUAAAAUUUACUCAUAAAAUGGAAUCAGAUGACCUUCAUCUUAGAAAGGAAGCCAUCUUUCUUUGUACUUCAUCACAGUGUUCAGAAGAAGAACAGGUAGACAAUUUCCUAGAUUUAGAAGAUUUGGACAUGGAUGAAGAUAUUAAGCCCCAAAUGAGCAAGGAUUUGCUGCUGCUUCCAGGAGAAGUGGAACAGGACAUCAUCACCAGUACUCCUUCUUACAUUCCUUCGGUGGACCAGCUUCUUACCCCUGAAGUAAAUCCAAGGCCCACUGCAAAUGGAGCUGGCAAACCAGUAGAAGAGCUACUCGGAGAUGAGGUUCAGCCCUUCUCACUUGAUGAAGAAUUUGAUUAUGACAGUGUGAUGUUAACACCCAAGUUCACUUCUGCAGAACUGGACAACAUCAAACAGCUAUCCAAGCAAAAGAAAGAGAAUCCUAUCACAGACUAA